AUGCAACCGGACCCGUCGUCGAUUCCCAUCGAUGUCGGCGACGGCUGUGGUCAGGCGAGCUAUAAAAUGUUCUGGGACGGAGACCCUAGCAAGCAGUCGUUCAUCAAUGUUGUGGGACUGUCAUCACCUCAGGUCUCUCCAUCGAGACCACGGCCUCUGUCGGCGCCCGCGCGAGGCGCGUAUUUCUCUAGGUUUCACUCACCGAGACAAAAAGACCUAUCCCAAUGGUCAGUUGGAGGCUUCGAGGUCGGCAGCGAGCAGCCCAUUCGUUCGAGCUCGAAACAGCAUGCGUAUGUGGCAAGAGAAAGGUCCCCCCGCUCCACGCACCAAGGAGAAAAUGGCCUUGGCGUGGAGAGGGUGCCGGUGCUUGAACGAAUGCGAGAGGAUAGUUGCAUGCGAGACGCCAAGCCAAGCAUAGGGGACCGGAAGAGACUGGAGCGUCUGGGGCAGGCCCAGAGGCGAAACCUCGAGUUGAUAGCUGCACUCCAGACGGCUAAAGCGAGGGCAGAGAAGAAGGCUAGGAGGGCUCAAGACAAGGUCAAUACUCUACAGCACCGGGAAAGCGGAGAAGGUCAACCCUUGGGGGGGGCGACGUCGCCGAUCGGGGUGACGCAGAAUCGGCUGAAGCGGCUCUCGCUGGACGAGUUGGCGGAAAAGAGGGCAACGUCGCAGCGCAGCGACGACGGCGGCGGCGGCAGCAGCGGGGAUACUCGCGGAUACCAUGUGAAGAGCAGCAGUCGACACGAUACGGCCCCGAAGGUGCUCUUGGCGCGCGAAACGGAAGCUGCGCUUAGGCGCGAGCAGAGAGUGGUGGCGGCAAAGGAAAAGGAAGAGGAAGAGCUACGCCUGUCAUCUUCGUUCCGCGCCAAGGAGCUGCAUGCCACAAACGGCCCCGAUUGGGCGACUAUCAAGGCGCACCAAGACCUUGUCCGGAAGCAGCGAACCAGAGAUCGCGCCGCGUUUCUAGCCGCGACGUCUUCCCUUCCCGCGCGCAUGGCGCGACACGCUGCCAUGCAGGCCGUUGCUGAAGAUCGGGCCAGUGCUAACGUGCGCAGCGGAGCUGGGGAUAAGAGUGGUGAACAUGGUAGGAGAGGGUCGAUGGGCGGAGGGACGGGAACGGUGGAUCCUGGGGACAUCGGGCGGGUGAUGCAGAGACGGCAAGAGAGGUGGGAAGCGUCGCUCGCCGCCGCGAAGGCUUCCUCUCGAGUCGCCGUAACCCGGCCCCUCACCCCGCCGAUGGAAAAACGCCGCCUAGCUCAAGAGACCAAGCGACGAGCGAAGGAGAAAGCCGAUCAGAGCGCAAGAGAGGCGGCGGCGAAUCAGCGGGUACAGGACGAGAGGCGGCAGUUUCAACAGCUCGUCGAGAUGCACCGGGCCACCGGAAGCACCUUUAGAGAGACCAAGGCGUCCGUGAGGAAGGCCCAGGAGGCACGACAGAAGAUUGUUGAGGACCUAGAGGAAGAGAAGCAGGCGGAGUUUCGAGAGAGGUGGAGGCUGAACCGAUCGGGACUUCGCCAGGCUCUCCGCAAGCGGCCCAACCUGCUGGAGAGGCAGGAGAAGUUCGCUCAGCAGCACUCGAAACGGCUGGCCGAUCAAGCCGCGAGCGCCAGAGAUUUUUUGGAGAGCACGGAAGGCUUCGCUGCGGCCGGGCGGCGCGCCUUGCCGGGCGGCGGAAAGGGAUGGAUGGAAAAGGCCGCCGCAGACGACGCGUUCAGCUCGAAAGAGAAGGCCGAGCUGGGCCUACCUGUUCUCGUCGAAGGCGACGACAACACCAGGAGGGCCAGCGCCGACGGCAUUGCCGUAACCGACCAAGACUUCGUCUUCGCCGGCUCCGCAGGCGACUCGCCCGGCGGUGACAGCAGUAGUGGCGGAGACCACGAUGCGACAUCGGGUUUGCGGGAAGCGAGGGGGGGAGGUGAAUCAGAAGUGGCGGCAGAAGAAGCUGCCAUGGCAGAGGGCGAUGAAAUGACGUCAUCUUCGAGGCCGGCAUCCGCCGGAGCAGAGGGCAGUAGUGCUACUGCUAGCGCGCAAGUCAGAGACGGCGCUCAACACCAAGAAUGCAUCCCGAUCCCGGGAAGGGGACCAGAGGAGAAAAUCCCAGUCUAA